GAUACCUGAUCGUGCUUGGAUGGAGGGGCGAAAUCCGAUCGCCUGAUGUGCUGCCUGAAACCCAGAGGAGUGACUUAUCAGUACGCGCUCAAAAUGUCUUCUUCCUCAAGCGAGGUCAUUAGUGCCGAUGAGAUCAAGAGGGAGAAUCGUGGGAGUGUCAAGCUGUCAGUGCUGGACCCCGCGGAGUUGCCGAUGGAGAAUGCCGAACUUUUGGACUGCUCACCGGCCUCCAUGGCCUUCUCCCCCGAGCAGGUCGCGUGCGUCUGCGAAGCGCUGCUGCAGGGUGGGAACGUGGAGCGCCUGGCCAGGUUCCUCUGGUCACUGCCGCAGAGUGACAUGCUGCGGGGGAACGAGAGCAUCCUGAAAGCGCAAGCGAUAGUCGCGUUCCACCAGGCCCGCUACCAAGAGCUCUACUGCAUUUUGGAGAACCACAGUUUCAGUCCGUCAAACCACUUGUCUCUGCAGGACAUGUGGUACAAGGCGCACUACACUGAAGCGGAGAAGGCGCGGGGCAGACCGCUGGGUGCCGUGGACAAGUAUCGCUUACGCAGGAAAUAUCCGCUGCCUCGGACUAUCUGGGACGGAGAAGAGACCGUGUAUUGUUUCAAAGAGAGGUCUAGGAACGCGCUGAAGGAUAUGUACAAGCGGAACCGGUACCCUUCUCCAGCCGAGAAACGAAAUCUGGCCAAAAUGACAGGACUUUCUCUGACGCAGGUCAGCAACUGGUUCAAAAAUAGGAGGCAGAGAGACAGAAAUCCAUCCGAGGCGCAGUCAAAAAGUGAGUCAGAUGGCAAUCACAGUACAGAAGAUGAGUCCAGUAAAGGCCAGGAGGACUUGUCACCACGUCCCCUCUCCUGCGGCUCUUCUAGCUCAGUCGCACAUGGAACAGCCCCCCCUACAAUUUACUUGGAUGGAGGAACAACCGUCAUCCAACAACUUGAAGAUGUCAAAAUGCAUUCACACGCAUCUGGAGGAAUGAGUUUUAACGGUGAUCUAGCAAGCAUGAAUGCUCACUACAUCAACGGUGGAGCCUACGUUCAGACACACGGUAGCAACUCUCUCCUGAAUGGACUUGGCGCCACGAAUGGCCAUUUCUUGACCAUUGAUCCCCAGAGGGUCUCCCAUCACAGUCAGGAGAGGCUGUUAGGUGGGUCUUCUGUGUCUUAUGCUCCGUUCCCAAUGGGGGUUUCUGAAACUGCCUCUGGAAAGCUGGAGGCCAUGCAGACUCUAGUUUCCAAUGCUGAAGACGGAGUCAUUUCUUCAGUGGUCUCCUUCGCUUCGGCCCCCUCCACACCAUCCACUACCACAGGAGGCCUUCAUCUCAGCAGUUACAAUGUGGUCAAUCUCCCUGGAAGUGAAACCACCAUGGGUCUUCCUCCUCUAAUGCUGCCCCCAUCCUCAACAUCAUCCACUCACGGCUCUGCUCCUUUGGGCAACGUGGUCAGUGACUCUCCUCAACACUCGAGCCAAACCCUGCUGUACACCCAGACCGUGAAGCAGGAGCCUUUGGAUGUGUCUGGAAGCUACACUUAUCCUUCUGAAAUGCCCCUGGACCAAGGCAGCAACCUGGGCUACACAGCAUCCCUUUUCCUUUCUUCUUCUUCUACCGGUGGUUCACUUCCCCCUACUGUCACAGCCACGGUCACCUCUGCCCUUUCCGGCACUGAGGUACACCACGCUCUGAAUCAAGCUGGACGUGGCCUCCAAGAGACUACAGACUACAGGUCUCAAGAUGUCCAGCUGCCCAACAGCCUGCAAGUUGCUUCUAGGGCAGGAGAAGUCCCAGUUAGGGUUGUUUGUGGGGAUCUGGACAUGGAAGGGAAAGAGCUGGCCAAGCUGCAGACUGUACAGAUGGAUGAUGAUGGAAGUGACCUAUGAUGAUGUCAUUAGCAAAAAAGAGCUGCAUUUCACUCUUGCUAGACUGGUUUUGUCGCACCGCAUUGUGCCCUUAAGGACCCUGCAAGCACAAAUAAUUUUCAAAUGAACCCUGACGAUGGAUAUAAAAUGCGAACAGUGCCUUCCUGUCCUCAGAUAUCCCAACUUGCACUAAGAGGGCUGCAGACUGUACCAGGCAAUGCACUGACCUUCUGAAGAUUAUUUAGAUGCACAGUCUUUACUCUCACCUCAUAAAAAUGUACGAAAAGACCCGUUAAAAAGCACAAAUGUGCUCUGAAUUAAAAAAAAAAAUCCAGCUUAAAGCCUCGUGCACACCGGGACGAUUAUCGCGCGUGCUUAUCGCCAGCGUUUUUAGUUCAUACCCAAGCAAUUUUCGCUGGCGAUGAGCCGAGUAAACGUGCAAAUUCACUACCUGACAUUA